ACCAACAGAAGACAGUAACUAAUGUUCUCAACAUGUGCUUGUAACGAUGGCAGUUUCACAUCAGUGGUUUAUACAAUGGUCACCCCCGUCCAUGAUAUUCGCGGACAUCACUAGUCAGUACAACAAUGUGAACGAAAGAUUUAACACUUUCGACCAUGAUAGAACCAAGUGGGAAGUGAACAGUGAAGAUAUUCAAACUAAGCCCGUGUAUGAAUAUGAACCUGAAGAAAGUGACUAUGGAUAUGAUACCGAGGAAAAAGUUAGAAAUGGAGCGACGCAGGCCGCCGGGCUGACGUUGUGGCUCACGAUGCUGGGCCUAGCGCGGGCGCAGAGUAUCCCGGCAGACUAUGACACACCGCCUUUUAGCACUCUCUACAAGUGGAAGCGUGUCGACUUCGAAUUCCCGUCUGCGAUGCACCGCCAACACGCUAUCGCUACUGGCAAAUAUGUCCCGGCGAACGUGCUACCCCUGGGCCUCGAGGUGUACGGAUCUCGGGUGUGGGUGACGCUGCCGGCCUGGCGGCGCGGCGUGCCGGCCACGCUGGCGACCGUGCCGCGCUCCGGCGGCGUCACAUCGCCGCUCCUCAGGCCUUAUCCCGACUGGUCGUUCCACAGAGCAUUUGCCAAUGAAUCCAAAAGCUGUAGUGGAUUGACUUCAGUAUUUCGGAUGAACGUGGAUGCCUGCGGGCGACUCUGGGUUCUAGAUUCCGGUCAAAUUGACUCUCAAGACAGCCCGAAGCAGUUAUGUCCUCCCAGUAUAGUCGUCUUUGACUUGAGAACAGACACACUCAUCGCUAGGUAUAAAAUUCCAAAAAAAUAUGUACUACAAGACUCACUCUUCGCUAACAUUAUCGUGGACACUCGCACUAAAGACUGCUCGGAUCUACACGUCUACAUAGCAGAUACUUGGCGGUUCGGACUUCUAGUGUUCAGACAAAGUGAUGCUACUUUUUGGAGAUUCUCUAAUCCUAUUUUUUAUCCCGACCCACUCGCCUCCAACUAUACACUUCACGGCCUCAAUUUUCAAUGGGCAGAUGGCAUUUUUGGGCUAGCGCUGUCGCCUUUGGACUCUUUUGGUAACCGACUGUUAUUUUUCCAUGCCAUGUCGAGUUAUAGAGAAUUCUUUGUGUCCACAACGGUUUUACGACAGAGCGUGCGGGUUAAUGAUAGUUCGUCAGAUUUUCAUCUAGUCGGCGAGAGCAGAGGUCUAUCUGGACAGUCAUCGGCUUCUGCUAUAGACAGGCGUGGCGUCAUGUUCUUCGGUCUGGUCUCCCGAGAUAGUAUGGGCUGUUGGGAUACUCAAAAGCCUUAUAACAAAAGGUCGAUGGGGGUGGUGGCUGAGAACACAGAGACACUUAUAUUUCCUAACGAUAUAAAAGUUGACCAAGAGGAGCAGCAAAGUGUUUGGGUGAUAUCGAAUCGUCUGCCAAUGUAUCAAGCGGGUCCUUUGAAUCCUUACGACUACAAUUAUCGUAUUCUAUAUGCCGACACAACAGAAGCGACAAAGCAGACCGUCUGCGAUCCCGACGUGCAGUUGCCUACGCUCAGCUAUAGGAGAUUAAAUGAUAUUCCCAUAUCACCAAUAAAACAGCAUUGAUUUGUCGGUA